AUGUGCAAGGCGAACAGGCUAACAACGACCGUUAGGGGACGCGCGGAGCAGCUGGUGGGCCUCGACAGUCGUGGGGACCGUCCUCUGCAGCGGUCUGCGAGAACCGCUUCCCCUCCAGGGGCCCGGAACUGGCACGGACCCGGGCGCUCUCCCAGGAGGCGCAGCCACGACCUUCUGCAGAGGCCCCUGACAUUUAUGGGAUCACAGACCAAGAAAGUCCUGCUAACCCCCCUCAUGCACUCAGCUCGCCCUUUCCGGGUCUCCAACCAUGACAGAAGCAGCCGGCGAGGGGUGAUGGCCAACAGUCUGAAGGAGCUUCUUAGCAAGACCCUGGAUGCCUUAGUUAUCACCAGCGGACUGGUCACUUUGGUGCUGGAGGAAGACGGAACCGUGGUGGAUACGGAAGAGUUCUUUCAGACCUUAGGAGACAACACACAUUUCAUGAUCUUGGAGAAAGGGCAGAGGUGGACACCGGGUGGUAACCACGUCCCAGCCCGCCAGCAACCAAAGAAAUCAGGAAUAGCGAGAGUCACCUUCGACUUGUACAAGCUGAAUCCCAAGGAUGUCAUUGGCUGCCUCAACGUGAAGGCCACCAUGUAUGAGAUGUAUUCGGUGUCCUACGACAUCCGGUGCACGGGAGUCAAAGCCCUGCUGAGGAGCCUGCUGCGGGUCCUGUCCCACGCCGCCCAGGUGACCGGACAGUUGCUCAUCUACAUCGGCACGUACAUGCUCCAAGUGCUGGGUGACAUGGACGAGCAGAGCCCUCCCCGGUCACACUCCAGACGCGGGUUCACAAGUGGCUAAGGAUGCACGCUGCAGGGGACCCAGCCGGCUCUCGACCCAAGUAUUCGCUCUCAGAUGAUGAAUUUUGAAGAUGCUUCUGUUCUAAACCACGGGCACUUGCACAAGGCCGGUCACUUGUACUGGGGGGUGGCACGCAGGGGAAGGUGGAGGGGUGGAGGCACACGAAAUGGGGGCUGCAGGAGGGGACGCCCUGAGGGGAGGAGAUUCGUAGGGGCCUCUGUGGGGACAGGAAGGACCAAAGGGCAGGCUAGUGUGGUGGCCCUGGGGCCACACAAACCUGUGUUAGGCCUCUCAGCUCCUCACCUCCUGCAAUAAACUGAUAGAUCGCAAGA